UCUAGUGUAGCGCCGCGACGUCUACAUCGUCUAGUGCCAUUCGUCCUUGAUAGUCACUUCCUUCCACUCUUCAGUCCGACUCACCGGCUUGUUAAUCAACCUUAAAUUUCUGCCGAUCCGUUGAAAACGAGAGCCAUCAGCAUGUCUAUUCAAAAGAUUUUCGCUCGAAUGAUUUUCGACUCCCGUGGCAACCCUACCGUUGAGGUUGAUUUGACUACUGAAAAGGGACUUUUCCGUGCCGCCGUUCCAUCUGGAGCUUCCACUGGUAUCCAUGAAGCUCUUGAGCUUCGUGAUGAUAUCAAGACCGAAUACCACGGCAAAGGAGUGAAGAAGGCAGUUAGCAACAUCAAUGAUUUGAUUGCCCCAGCCUUGUUGAAGGAAAACCUCCAAGUUACUGAUCAAGAAGCUAUUGAUAACUUUAUGAUCAAGCUUGAUGGAACUGAGAAUAAGUCCAAGUUUGGUGCUAAUGCCAUUUUGGGAGUAUCUUUGGCAGCUUGCAAAGCUGGAGCAACCCACAAGGGAGUUCCCCUAUACAGACACAUUGCUGACCUAGCUGGCACUCCAGAGAUCAUUUUGCCGACUCCAGCCUUCAACGUCAUCAAUGGCGGAUCUCAUGCCGGCAACAAACUGGCUAUGCAAGAAUUCAUGAUUCUUCCCACUGGUGCAUCCUCCUUCACUGAAGCCAUGCGCAUGGGAACUGAAACUUACCAUCACUUGAAGAAAGUCAUCAACGCACGAUUUGGCUUGGAUGCCACAGCUGUCGGAGAUGAAGGUGGCUUUGCUCCUAACAUUUUGAACAACAAAGAUGCUCUCGACCUGAUCACCACCGCCAUCGAAAAGGCUGGAUACACUGGCAAGAUCGAAAUCGGAAUGGAUGUUGCCGCAUCUGAAUUCCACAAGAACGGAAAGUACGACUUGGACUUCAAAAACCCAGCUUCAGAUCCCGCAACUUACCUGGAAUCCAACAAGCUUGCCGAACUCUACCAAGAAUUCAUCAAGGAUUUCCCCAUGGUUUCCAUUGAAGAUCCCUUCGACCAGGACGAUUGGGCUGCAUGGACUAGCCUCACCGGCAACACUCCCAUCCAGAUCGUUGGUGACGAUCUCACGGUCACAAACCCUAAGCGUAUCCAAAUGGCCGUUGAUUGCAAGGCAUGCAACUGCUUGCUUCUGAAGGUGAACCAAAUCGGAACCGUGACUGAAUCCAUUGCCGCCCACAAGUUGGCCAAGGCUAACGGAUGGGGAACCAUGGUCUCUCACCGUUCCGGCGAGACCGAGGAUUCCUUCAUCGGCGAUUUAGUCGUCGGACUGUCUACUGGACAGAUCAAAACUGGUGCUCCUUGCCGCUCUGAGCGUUUGGCCAAGUACAACCAGAUCCUGCGUAUCGAAGAGGAAUUGGGAGCUGCUGCCAAGUACGCUGGCAAGAAUUUCCGUCACCCAUUGUAAACAAAUGGACAAGAUUCAUCCCGACCUACGAGUCAUUCACUUAGAUUUUUUUCCGUCUGAGUUUCUCGUUACCCUACGGCUUGAAAUUUUCUAAUCCGUUAGUCCAUUUCUAUCUUUUAAUCAAAUGUCUACUUUUUUGUUGUGAACUUGUGAUGAUGAGAAACGACACUAUAUAGAGUUGGAGUAGUCAAGUAUAGGUUUGGUGUUAAAACACUUACAAUCCUUAUAGUGAUCUGAAUGUGUUGGUUCUGAUUAUUAUUUAUGUUGAUGUAUUACAAGUACCAUCGUCAUCCAAA